AUGAAGCUGUUCAAGACCAUCCUUAUAUUCACCAUUUUUCAAAUAUCUGCCUCCAAUUUUUGGGCUUCUGGACGCUUGCCUGAGGAAAUUCAAGAAAUGCUCGAUAUGAUGUCAGCAGUUGAUUCCCCGAGGUAUCCUGGCUUUCGGAAUUUCUACAGAUAUUCUGUUUCCAGAUACAACUGUUCUGGAAAAAAUCACGCCGAAUGGUAUGAAACAGGCGUAAAACGUUUUGGUUGGGGCAUCUACUACAUAUCGAGUGGGCUUUUGUUCCAAGUUAUCGGCUGGCCGGUUUUGUACAUUUUUUUCACAAAAAUUAAAAUGAAAGCCUACAUCGUCAUGAUUUUUAUUGGAGUUAUUGAGAUCACCGAGGUCUGGGGGAACUCAAUUUGGCCGGGGUUUGUUGCGUUACUUGGAGAAGUGUACUGUACAAGUCCGCAAAUUAUGACUAUUGUUGGGAAAGUGACAAUGGUGCAAUGGAUUCUUGGCUCAGCUACCGCGGUAUUUUUGGGGAUCCAUCGGCUUUUGAGCAUGAUUAAUUUUGGUGAAUCACUGAUCAAUACCAACGCGAUGAUUUCUUUCUGGUUAGCUUUUCUCACAAUCUAUGCAAUCUACGGAUCCUUGUUCUUCGAUACAGUACUUUUCAACUCUGACUACAUGGCACCACUCUUGGAUCCAAUGACUGAACAAGAAGGAGUGACUUAUAGCAAUAACUUUUUAUAUUUUCACAACAUCUCUGCCGCUGUAUUGCUAGUGACUGUGUACACAAGCCUUUGUCUAGUUUGGCGGUUCCGGGAGGUCAAGAAUUUUUCGGCGCAGGCGAUGAAAUUUCAGAAAAGUCUUCUCCUACAAUCAAUCUGCAUCUCCCUGACCUAUGCAGUACCUGCAAUAUCUUUCGUUACACUUUACUUUUUUGUAACUCCGAAAUGGUUCUCGCAUGCUUCUGACAUUUCGUAUCAGCUCAGUGGAGGAAUCCCUUUCAUAAUGUAUAUUGUGCUCAACAAUACCGUACGCGAGGAAAUUUUCAGCUGCUGCAAGAAGAACCCGGCGUCUUCUCAAGUGAAAAUUCAUUCAACAACCGUUCAUUCUUUUAAUUAA